ACUUCACACACAGCAGCUGGGCACACGGUGCUGAGCUUAAAGCUACAAAAAUAAAAGAAAACAUUUCACAAAAUUCAGAUAAUAAACAAAAUCAAAGAUAGUUGUAUUUGGAAAAACAUGGAAUACGAAAGUGUGCUGAUCGUGAAGCCCGAGGUGUUCAUUUACAAAAUACCGCCGCGCGCCAGCAAUCGAGGCUAUAGGGCGGCUGACUGGAAUCUAAAGGAACCGACCUGGACGGGCAGGAUGCGGCUGGUGGCCAAGGGCACUGCUUGCAUCCUGAAGCUGGAGGACAAGACCAGUGGCGCCCUGUUCGCCAACUGCCCCAUCGACACAUAUCCCGGCGUGGCCAUCGAGGCGGUAUCUGACAGCUCCCGUUACUUCGUCAUCCGGGUGCAGGACGACAACGGUCGGUCCGCUUUUCUCGGCCUGGGAUUCGGCGAUCGAUCAGACUCAUUCGACUUAAAUGUGGCGCUGCAGGAUCACUUCAAAUGGGUGAAGAACCAGGAGCAGAUAGAGAAGGAGAAGACGGAACCCAAGCAGGAACUCGAUCUCGGUUUCAAGGAGGGCGAAACCAUCAAGAUCAACAUGAGGAUCACGAAAAAGGACGGUUCCGAGGGCAGCUCGCGCACGGGCAAGAAACAGGGAUCCUCGGGCGUGUUGCCACCGCCGCCCGGUGGCCUCGGAAAGAUCGCUCCACCACCGGCCGCUGCCCCAGCGACGACGGUGCGGCAAAGUCCCGGCGUCUCGCCCGCCCACAGACCCGCCGCUGGAAACUCUGAAUGGACCGAUUACGCAUCCGCCGGUGGCAACCAAGGACAACAGAACUCAGCCAACGCCAACUGGGUGCAGUUCUAAAGUGAAAUAUCCUGUUCCUGCUGCUGCUGCGCUUCUAAUCCAACACUAUGUUCUAAGAUUUAUCCAAUUUUUCUUUAUUUCUUAUACAAUUCAUAAUCGAUUUGUUCGAUUUAUCAUUAUUAUUAUGAUUAUUUUUUUUUUUUUCGAUUUAAAUGCGACCAAAAAUUGAACAGAGAACACACAUUCAGCAAAGCGUCAAGCGUUAAAGUUAAAGUUUUUAAAUUAAAUGGAAUUUGUGUAUUAGUUUCCCCUCCCCCGCCUCCCAUGCUCGCACGCCUUUCGUCUCUUUCUAAUUCAAUGUCGCGUCUCUUUCGGAUUAGACUGGAAGACCAGAAGGAGGCAGCGGGUGCGGAUGUGGGAGGACGGGCUCUCAGUGGGAGGGGAUUUGUAGCAAACUAUUUAGCCUGGUUGUUAUUUGUAUAAAUACUAGUAACGAUAAUUUUUUUAUAUACAAACUUAUUCUAAAACGUAAUUUGUUAACGAGAGAAAUAAUGCAACUUACAUAAGCAAAGGAAAAUUAAGUUUAAAUCAAGUUAUAACAUGCGAGAACUGCAAAAAUAUUAAAAACAAGUUUUCGAGUACUUACACACCUACGCCAACACACCAACACCAACACAUACGCACGAAAGGACAUUCCGCGGAUGGGAGAGAAGUGAUCGUUGAAGGACGGCAUUGCAUACAAAUUUAAUUUAUUGUUAAUUCCCCGCCUAAAUCUCCACCAAAUCUCCUCGUCCCCAAACCCAAGACCCCAGCCAGACCCGAUUCACUUGGAAAAUAUGCAAUAAUUUACGAAAAUAUUAUUUUGCUCUAUUAUUUUUUGUAUUGUUUACAGAACGGCACACAUGCAUAGCAAAUAAGUAAAUCAAAUGAAUUAUAAAUAUAUAUAUGCAUAUACUCGUGUAUGUAUGCAGUAUGAAGAAAUAUCCAUAUGUAUUUAAUAAACCACAUAAUGUAUGUAUGUAGCUUGUACAAUGCAUUACGAAAACAACAAAA